AUGUUCCAGAAGCGAUCUCUUCUCCGGGCCCUCGCCGCUGAUGAACACAAUCAAACCAGCUUUCUUCAAAAGUUCGUGCAGGCCGCAUCUCCAAACCCCCCUGGGGAGACAAGCAGAGCAACAGCAGUCAUCGGAGAAUAUUUAUCCAGCAAGAACAUCCCUUACGAACUCGUCGACGUCAACGGGGACGGCAAAGUUAAUGUAAUUAGCGACUUUCAAGGCGGAAAAGGCCCUGGCCCGCGCGUCGUGCUGAACGGCCAUGUCGAUGUUUUUCCCGUUGGUGACGGUAGCGGCUGGUCUCGAGAUCCUUGGUCGGGCGAUAUAGUCGAUGGAAGACUCCAUGGGCGCGGAGUCGUAGACAUGAAGCCUGGGACUGCUUCGCUCAUCAUUGCAUAUGCUUUUUUGUACGAGCGUCGCCAUCUCCUGUCGGGUAGUGUUGCCCUUUGCGCUGUCGCUGACGAAGAGACGGGUGGGAAAUGGGGUACCAAAUAUCUCAUUGAACAAGACAAGCACAGAUGGGGUGGUGACCUCAUGCUGUGUGCUGAACCAGGUGGUCUCGAGACUAUCAGAUUCGCAGAAAAGGGAUCGCUGCGAUUGACAUGUACUGUCAAGACCAAAGGCGCGUUGGGACCAUAUCUUCAUCUCAGUAAGGGCGCCAUCCGAACAGCCAGUGCUUUCAUCGAUGAGGUCAUCAAGUCAGUUGAAUCACUACCAGUCUAUCUACCAGACGAAAUGGAGAGGCAUCUGGAAAAGCCGGAGGUCAAGCGAGCUAUCGAUCAAGCAAUGGGUCCUGGAACUAUUACAAUCAUUGCUCGACCGACUGUUAACGUUGGCACAAUUAAGGGCGGUCUCAAAGUCAACAUGAUCCCAGAAACAUGUAUCUUUGAGCUCGAUAUUCGUAUGCCAGUGGGGAUGCGAGAAGACACGGUUCUGGAGCUGAUUGAUACCAUCAUCCCGCAAUACGAGCCCGCGAGCAUUACGAUCAAGAAGCAAGCUGCUGCGAGUAAUCCCUUCAAUUACUCGGUAAUCGAUCAUCCCAUCGUCAGACAUCUCAAGGACAACGCCAAGAGUCUGCGACCAGGUGCCGAUGCUCCUAUUCCCAUCCCCUCGAUGGGCGGAUCAGAUUGUAAACAUUAUCGGUAUGCUGACAUCCCGGCUUACAUCUUUGGCUGCAGCCCAGAAACAACAUGGAAUGGCUUGCCAAAAGUGUCUAUUUCCUGGCUUCUCAAGGUGGCUCAAAAGUUCAAAGGCUCUAGCCCCUUGAUGUAUAGACACUCGAUUCUCAAAGUUUGUUCUUGUCGGAUGUCUAAAGUGUUACCCAGCAUUGCACUGAAUUUUAUCAUCAUGCCUGAGAAGAAGAUUCUUGCUCUGGGAAGUGGCAUGGUUGCAAAGCCAUGUGUUGAUUACCUGCUCCGGGACAAGAAAAAUGUUCUCACAAUUGCUAAAGCCGUCGCCCUUGACGUCGCUUCACCGGAGCUUGACCAUCACGUCGCCGAACACGACCUCGUCAUUUCUCUCGUACCGUUUGUCCGCCAUGCGGCCAUCGUUCAAUCGGCUAUCAAGGGCAAUACAAACGUUAUUACCACAAGCUACAAUUCUCCUGCCCCUGAAGUAUCUGACAACCCUUUGCGUUUCAAGUUUUCUUGGUCUCCCCGCGGCGCCUUGCUUUCGCAGCAGAUUUCCGCUACCUUUCUCCAAGAUGGCAAGGUCAUUGAGAUUUCCAACAAGGAUUUCAUGAACAAGGCAGUUCUAUACCAUGUUCUUGAUGGGUACUCGUUUCUUGCGUAUCCCAAUCGAGAUUCCCUUGACACAGGCUCCAAAGCCUGGCUGAAUGAGGGUCUGAAGUGGUCUCACAUUCAGCAGCAGCUUACAGGCGCAGCUUCUGCCACUGAGGUUGAUCUUCUGGCCAAGGUAGAUGAGGCUUGCAGUUUCUGCUCCCCCGAAGAACGUAGUAAGAUCUUGGCCGGCCUCAAGUGGAUGGGGCUAUUCUCGGAUGAAGUCGCUGCCGUCCGCGAUUCUCCCGUCGGCACUCUCCGAUCAACUGGACAAGAUAUGCAGCUUCCAGGUCGCACGUCGGCCCUCGAACUCUUUGGGGAGCCUGGCGGCUACUCGGCCAUGGCCAAGUCUGUCGGGUUGACCUGCGGCAUUGCCAUCCAGCUGCUUCUUGACGACGAGCCAGCCUCCAACAAGCCUGGCGUGAUUGCUCCCUACUCCCGCGAGAUCUGUGACCCUAUCCGAGUCAGAGCCGAAGCCGAGGGGAUCAAGCUUGUGGAGCAUACUCUCUGGCGAUUCCAAUGGCACGUAUCUAGACCAGCGGUAGAUAGGGCGUUGACGACAGAAGGUGGUGGACUCAAGAGCUAA